AAAAUUACCAGGAUAUUAGAAAGUAUGAAGAGUUACAUGAACUGUUUGGUUGCUAUUUUGUUGACUUUUUAUGGAGUAGAUGGUGCUGAAAAUGAUACUGAGGUGAGCGAGGCGCGAGGGCACGGAAAAUACGCAUUACUGAGUCAUUUCGCCUACACCGUGGUGACCAAGCUGGUCAUCCUUAAAAUAGUCUACGGUUUCAUUCUCGCCGCCCUACUCUUCAAAGCAUGGAAGUUCGUUCUCUGGUUCAUCCACUACCUAAAGGAAACGAAACGGGAACCCCACAUAGAAAUAGAACACGAUUAUGGCCAUGAUUUUGGUCACCAUGACUAUGGUCAUCAUGAUUUUGGUCACCAUGACUAUGGUCAUCAUGUUUUUGGUCUCCAUGACUAUGGUCAUCAUGAUUUUGGUCUCCAUGACUAUGGUCAUGAUAUUGGUCCUCACGGUUAUGGCCAUCAUGUAUUUAAACAUCAUGAUUAUGAGCAUGAGCCUUACCAGGGCCAGGGGUAUAGUUCUUAUGGGAAAGAAGAGUAUUAUCCACAAAAGAAGAAAGGGAUGUAUGAUGCGGAUGGAUCUUACUCUGUGAAAGGGACCAGUUAACUAAUUAAGGAAAAACUUGUAAUUAAAUAUAUUUUUAAA